CUCCAAUCAAUCGUCUACUUACCCCAAACCGGGGCUUCGAUAUCUCAUCUCCAUCCAAUCCACUGGCACUGGCUUCGUAUACAAAAAGAAAAUAAAGGGCGGAAUACGCCGCUGAUCUUCAUUCCUUCACAUCAGUCUUAAUCCAAUCUAAUCUAUUAAAGAUCAACAACAUCUUCAAACUAAGAAGACCAGAUCGAUAGAAGGAAAAUGUCCUACAACAACAACAACACCCACCACCCCAUCGCCUCAGCAGACAAAGUCCCCACUAUCCACACAAUCCAUCCUAUGAAACGCUCAACGUCCUACUCUCCCGCCGCCCAGGAGAGCGGCGACGAAGAGUACAAGCACCACCACAUCAAGAAAGACAGCGCGAGCAGCACAGUAGCAUGUGGCAACGACCAUAAAGUGAAAGCGGCACUGACGGAGCUUCUCAACGACGACGGUGUGAGAUCUAAUGCGCGCGGAAGCAGAUCGGUACAGAACUUGCUUAUGGAUACGGAGAAGGCGUUGAGGAAGCAGCGUAGGGAGUCGCUGUCGGGACGGGCUUCGAUUUCGUUGGCGAAGUGAGGUGAUAUCGGUGUCGAUAUGGGGAUUUAUUUUUAAUUAUUUGGUGAUGACUUGACUGUCGAAUGGUGGCUGCUUUGCGCUGUAUGCAGGGUGUGUAUGUGGCAUGGUCGUCGAGUCGAAUUCCUCGUGCUGGUCUGGUCUGGUCUGGUCGGUACAAGAGGUGCGCGCUGUGUCGAUGAGAUGAGGGUCUUAAGCUGCUUCUGAUGAUUGUGAUGCUAUGUGAGCCGGCUGCAUAUGGAGCUGCUUGAUUCAAUAUGGUUUCAUGCAGGGUAGUAGGGCUGAGGGCUGGAGGUUUGAGGCACAGUUGAUGCGCCGUUGCAGGAGCUCGAAACGAUACAUGUCUAUUGGUG